CAACAAUCGACGUCCUUAUUUAGGGCCUCUUCUUACCGGUUUCUCUAUUCAUAAUCUCGAAACCCUGUGAAUGCUUGGCGGUUAUUGUUGACCAAAGCGUAGCGCAGCUGGCUUCAGCUCAACGCGGUAAACAUGUUUAACCGUUCAAUGACCUUCAGAAGAAGAGGCGCUUGGACAAGGGUGGUCAUCUUCAUUACGCUGCAAUUUAUGCUCUUGGAAUCCCUCAUCGAAUGGGCUCUCAUACUCUAUCUUUAUGCCAUCCGCCAUGUGGACUCAAAGAUGACCCCGAGCUUAAUUAUUGCUCUUGUCGCAUCCUUCUUCACCGUCCCUCUGGUCGCUCUUCACAGUCUCCUUGCCUGGCAGUAUAACCGGGUUCUAGGAUUCGCCAGCCAGAAAGCUCUGCUGCACGCUGCGUGCACUUAUAUUGUACGGCUGACGGUGAUCAUCUGGGUAGCUGCUAGUGUAGCAGGCUUAGUUGUGGUCUCACAGCAGACGUUCUGCCUGGCCGAUGAUGGUAGUAGCAACUUCUGGAAGAUCGGCAUCAGCUGCGCGCUGCAUCGGGCUUCCGUCAUCGAUUCCAUUUUGUCCUUUGUAACCGUGUGUCUAUUUUUCUGCUCGAGAGAGCUCUCCGAGAGGCCAUACGAUAUAUCACUGCUCGGCAUAUACAGACAGCCGUCGUCAAUUUGUGAUGACAAGAUCUCUUCCAGCUCAACUCUGGUCAGCCACAUCAGCCUGGAAAAUGACAUCUAUACUGUAUGCCGCCGACCAGAUGUCACGUACGGGAAAGACCUCUACUUGUCAUCGAGCAACAAUUCCAUAUGUAAAUCCGGCAGCCUUCAACACCCUUUGCCCCUACAUCUGAGACCUCAAUUGAAGCUUGACACCGAAUGUGAAGCAGACAGUGCAGAACUAUUCUCCGGGACAACUCUCUCGGCCAGUGGCACUCCGUCAAAGAAGUCUUUCAGGGAUUUGUCAAGCUCCGAUAUCUAUUCAAAUGUCUCGCGUACCCCCACCAAGUCUACCUAUAAGGCUUAUCGCCAAGCCGCAGUUGCAGAAUUAUCGGGGUCCCCUGCAGCCAAACAUGGUCACAAGAGACACAAAUCUUCCGAGUCCUCAUUUCGCCGGUUCCUGCCGAAGCUCUUCGGACCCCCAGUCUCGUUGUCGGCGGACCCUCAGAUCCGCGCUCUCGCCGAUCCCAGCAUUCCUACGGACCUUGAGCAACAAGCAGCAAAUAUUGAACGCCCUCCGACGCCUAAGAAGGAAUAUGCUCCUGGUCAUCCAUUGGCUUCCUCUCCAGUCGAGAAGUCACUGGUACCCACCACGAGCGUUGUUCCCAGCCAUGAACUCGAAGCGAGCCAGCCUGAAGAAAGCACAUUACCACGCCCCAUGUCAAUCAACUCCGCCGAAGCCCCGGAAGUGGUUGUUCCGGAGCCAUUGAGAGUGCACAGAUCCAAUACUUCCCAAACCGCUCGAAUCCCUCGCCCAUCCUACCACGCUCGACCAUCGAUUCCACCCGUGCCACGAAACCCAGUCGCACAAUCAAAUCACAACUAUGGACGCCCUCCACUAGACCACGGAUACCCCAGACGCCAAAGCACGAGGCGCCACAGCGGCCGCCAACGUCAGGUCUACCGGUUCGAACCAUGUCAAAUCCCACGCCACACGCAGAGCCAGUACCACCCCCAGCACAACCGGUACAGCCGCCGAGCAUAUUUCGAUACUGCCCGUCGAAUGCCGUCGCAGCGGCGCAGAAGCGAUGUUGAGAUCGUGUACUCCAGCACCCGACGUCCCCGCAGCAACACCUGCGGUGGCAUGAGUACCCUAUCCGGUCCUCUCGACAGUAUCCGCGAGACCGGGGCCUCGGUCGACGAAGUCCCAUGCGACAUCUUCUCCGAGGGAAACACAUAUCGAGGCACCACUCGAACGAGCAGCGUGCAUGGAUAUUAAUUCUAACCGAGUCUGCUGGCCAGACUCACUAUUGCUAUGAUUGUAUCGGAUCGGAUUUACGUUCUAUUGAGUGACGAUUAAAACUGUACACUAGCCGGCUCUUGGUCCCUUUCUUGCUAUAUACCUAAUUGUGACUUCUCUUUUAAUUUACUCCUACAAUUAAACUGGCUCUCUUGCCCUUGU